AAGGCAGCACCACCCCGUGACGUCAGACGCAGACGGUCACGCACGGGGUGGAACCGCGAAGCAGCCUUGUAGCCUCGUCCCUGUUAGCCUGGCGUGAUCGCAUCAGGAGCCGAAAUAAAAACCUCUCAGCGUCGCUACGUUAUGUCGUUAACUCUGUAACCAACACAUGGUCACGAUCGGGUAGAGUGGACACGACUACUGGACUGUUUCUUCAACGUAACAGACCGCUAUGGAUGCAGUGAACGCGUUCAACAUGGAGUUGUUCUCCAUGAUUGACAUGAAGCCUCCAAUAUCCCGUGCUAAGAUGAUGUCUGUAACAAAGUCAGCCAUCAAAGCUAUCAAGCUUUACAAACAUGUUGUCCAGAUUGUUGAAAAGUUCAUUAAGAAGUGCAAGCCAGAAUUGAAAGUCCCUGGUUUGUAUGUGGUUGAUUCCAUUGUGCGACAGUCACGACAUCAGUUCGGCGUGGACAAAGAUGUAUUCGGGCCCAGAUUCCUGAAGAACUUCAACGAUACUUUUCAAAACCUUUACCGCUGUCCGGAGGAUGAUAAGAGCAAAAUUGUCCGUGUGCUGAACCUGUGGCAGAAGAAUGGUGUGUUCGACAUGGACAUCAUUCAGCCUCUGAUGGAUAUGGCAAAUGGAGCCAUUGUACCCGCCCCUGGACUGGAAGUUCCUAUUGACGCUCAACCAGAGACACAGCAUCCUCUCACUAGUGCCUCAGUUGUGUCUGCUGUGCCCCAGCUACCUAGUCCUGAUGCCUUAGCUGCUGUGGCACAGCUGUUUCAGUCUCCUCAUGGACAGGAGCUUCAGAGGAUGCUCCAGAACUUCCAGCAGGCAGAUAAGAGUCUUGCCACCACCGUCGCUAACAACAUAUCAAACCCACCCCAGAUGCCUGUGGGCCAGCUCAACCCAUACGGCACGCACACAGAAAAGAAAAGCUCUUUAGCUGAGAAACUCCUUGACCGAUUUGACUAUGACGAUGAACCCGAGGAUAUCACGGCUAAAGAAGGCAAUGCUCAACCACAGGGCAUUCCUGAAAAUGUGUUUAACCAGUUUUCCGGUCAGAUGCACAACAUGGAGCAUGCUCAUCCACAUAUGAUGGGACAGACUGGUGGUAUAGAGCACGGCGGAGGAAUAAGUCAUGGUGAUCAUCAUAUGAUGCAAGAUGGAUAUUGUUCCAUAAAUGAGACUUAUUCUCAAACACGGGGAAAUUCAAGAGAAGACUCAACUAUGAGGCGAGAUGGCAGACACAGAGGCUAUGGCAGGAGGUCAAGAUCCAGAUCUGGUUCUAGAUCUCCCAGGAGAAGAUCAAGAUCUUCGUCGCGCUCUAGAAGGUCACGGCAUCGACGCUCUCGUUCUCGCUCCAGAGAAUGGCACUGGAGAUCUCGCUCUCACUCUCAAGACAAGAGUGAAAGAGAAAAGGACAGGGAGCGCAGACAGAAAGGUCUCCCCAGUAUAAAAAGCCAGACUCUCAGUGUUUGCAGCACUACACUUUGGGUUGGACAACUAGACAAGAAAACUCAGCAGUCUGACGUGAUGUCCCUUUUGGAAGAGUUUGGCCAGAUUGAGUCAAUCAAUAUGAUUCCUCCAAGGGGUUGUGCUUAUAUUGUUAUGGUUCACAGACAAGAUGCCUACACAGCCUUGAACAAGCUCAGUAGGGGGUCAUACAAAGUCAAUCAGAAACCUGUCAAGAUUGCUUGGGCUUUGAACAAAGGUAUAAAAUCGGCGCACAAAAAGUUCUGGGAUGUGGAGCGGGGAGUUACCUAUAUUCCCUGGAGCAAAGUCAAAGCUGAGGAGUUGGAGAGCUAUCGGGAAGGAGGUAUACUGGACGCAGAGACACUAAAUCCAGAGUGGAAUAAUUCCAAGGACCUUAAUAAGCUGGCAGCUGUAAAUGGAGUGCUGGAAAGUGUACCAGUAGAUGGAGCCAUGGCUGCUCAGAUUCAGGUGCAACCAGUUGAACAGGCUGCACCCAUCGGAAGUCCACUUGCUUUUCCUGGCCCCAUCUUGCUGCCCCAUACAUCAAUGCCUCCAGGAGGAGCUCCUUUCAUCCCCGCAGAGUUUGACUGUUCAAAGUUGGCACCAGCAGGAAGCGUAAAACCUCCGGAUGAGUCCGCCAAGGAUUCUAACAAAGACAAAGACACACCCUUAGAUGUGAGUACCGACAACCGGCUGGGGUCUCCUACAGCACCGAUGAUGACACUGUCAGGCCCAGGAGUCAUGCAAGGUCCCAGACCGGGUAUGCCACCUCUGCAGCCUCCUCCUGGCAUGCCAAAUCCUCAUCUACCACCAUUCCUCUCACCGCCGAGCAUGCCGCAUAUGCCACCACAAAUGAUGCCCGGUGGACCCAUGUUUGCACCAGAUAGGUUCAGAAUACCUAUGCCCUUCCCUCCUCGUGGCCCUCCUUUCCACCGACAUCCCUCUAUGAUACCCGAUGGCUUGGACGACAGAGAAGGGGGGCAUUUCCGAAAUGGGAGGCCAGGGUUUGGGUGCCCACCUUUCCACAGAGGUAGGUGGUAGAAGUAGGUUGGAUAAUGGACCUGAGGGGAGCAUUGUUAUUAUUAUAAAUAAUAAUGCUGAACCACUGUGAGAGACACUAAGAAAUAUCGGGACAUCUGGUUCAACGACAACUGCUGUGAACAUUUUGGAGAUGCAGAAACUUUUUUUUUUCUUUUUUUUUAUACCACCAGAUCAGACUUUUUCUAGUGUCGAAUAAACAAUGAAAAACGAGACACGUGUUCUGAAUGUGGUCUGCGCUCCUUCAAGUUCACCAGAGAAGACACUCUUUGCUGUAAAUACUGUAUGUGCUUGUAGCUGGUAGCUAUGUUUUUGGUUUUUUUUUUGUAUAUUUGAAGUUGUGUAGUUCAUGCUUAUGUCUGUAAUCCUGGUCGAUGGGGGUAAAAACAGAGGUAUGUAUUUUUCAGCUUGAUUUUUGUGUAUGGAAGAAGACUGUAAAAAUCUAUAAUUCAUACCUCUUUGGGUAUUUUGUUUUUAGUAAAAAAAAAAAACCUUUGUACCACACAGAUGUUAAAUUCUUCACCAAGGAAGUUUGAUUUCAUUGUAGAGGAUUUCAUGUCCUGCCAGUAGAGGGUAGAAUAAACUCUGUUACCAUGGCCAACCUCUGUUGUACUUUAAAGGCCACACCUUGUAGGGUCAUGUGCAGUGAAUAUUAAAAAAAAAAAAGAUACUACCACUUGA